AACUGAUCAGAUUCAUGGAUUAGUUCAGAAUCUAUGAAGUUCUCUUCGUUUCUUUUGUAAUAUGAACACAUUGAAACAGUUCUGGAACCGUUCCAUUCCUGUCUCCAGGCUCGGUUCGGUUCUGCAGACGGUCAGCUGUCUGCGUUCUUCUGCAGUAAAGUUCUGGAAUAAUCUGAACUGUUUCAUACUUUCACCAAGAGAGGACGCUGUACUGCGCAGGCGCAGCAGGGGAUGACCCGGAACAGGAAGCAGUUCAAGCCUGAGCGGCGGGUUUUCUCGGUUCUGUCCAAUUUUUCAGGAACCCGGUUCCGGUCAGAUCCGGAGAACAUGGACUCGGAACAGAGGUUCUUGGAGAGGUUCGGACCCAGCAGCGAGGCGGAGUGGGCGUGGCUAAAGAACAUCUUCCUCUUCAUUGGUCGAUACCUGAGCCCAUGUUGCAGUGACCCCGCCCCCUCCACUGCUGAAGGCUCGCUCACAGGUGUGGAGCAGCUCAGCAUUCGUCUGGUUCUGGAGAUCCAGCAGAGGUCCAGCGUGGAUCACAGUUUACCCGUCAGCUACAGGCUUCUGUCCGUCUCUGAGCUCGUCUCCCAGCAGAACCUGGCCUGUGUCAGCAACCUGUCCUGGACCACCAAUCAGCACAGAGCCUGGGCCAAGGAGGCGGAGCUCUCUCUGCCGGGACAGCAGACACUACAGCGGGUCAACCUGCUGCUGAUUGGCUGUCUGACAAAGGGGCGGGGCGGAGACUGGAGGCUGACGGACAGCAGUGGGAGUGUCAGGUGUGAGCUUCUGUCUCCUUCUCCUCUGUGGAUGAACCUUCCUGUCUUCCUCCCUGACUGGAACUACAUCCCCCAUGAUGCCUCUGGGCAGGACGUGGACAGAGGACACCUGGAGCUCAUUGGUUCUCCUGUCUUCCUGGGUCCUGAAGCUGAGCAUGGAUUGGCUGCUGCAGCAGAUGGGGCGGAGCUUGAAGCAGUUCCUGUUAGUGAAGCUGGAGUCUUCCUGCAGAACAGGGUCAUAGGUCAGCGCGUGUCCGUGCACGGUCAGGUGUGCUCGGUGUGCCCCCUGCUGGACGUGUCAGGAACCCCGUUCUUCUGUUUCUCUCUGACGGACGGCGAGAGCUCACUUCCUGUUCUGGUCCAGGAGCCCAGCCGUCUGUGGUGGCGCACAUGUGUGCACGUGGGCCGGAGCGUGUGCGUGACGUCUCUGCGCGUGUGCGUCCUGCGAGGAUGGAGAGGAAACAACAUCCUGUGUGUGACGGAGCGCUCACAACUGCACGCCGACUACACAAACACACAAACACACACUCCUGACACACACCCAGAGACUGACACGCCCCUCCUGAUGUCACACGACUGUGAGGAGGAGGAGCCUGACGUUAACCAAUCAGGAGUGAGGAUGAAGCGGUCCAGGAUCAUCAGUUAUCAGGGCACGGUGACAGAGGUGGUCAGUGAGGGGGCGGGGCUGUAUGUGCUGGACAGGAAGCUGGGUCUCUGUGUGGCGUAUCAGCCGGCGAGCAGGAGGAGUCUGAGGGUGGGGGACGGCGUGGAGCUGCACCACGUCCACUUCCUGUUCCGGCCCUGUCCUGACUUCCCUCCCAGCAUGCUUUGCACCUGUCUGCGCUCAUCCGUCACAGUCACCUCCUUCAGCAGAGUGGGCGUGUCUGACUCCGCCCCUCGCUGUCCUGGUGACGGGGUGUUGUCACGGUUACUGCUGCAGAAACACAAGGGCGUGUCAGAGUACCUGUGGGCGUGUCACCUGUCCUCCCAGCUCUCUAUCAGUCUGGUUCCUGCAGUGAUGAAGCAGCAGUGUGUGUGUCUGCUGUCCUGGAAGAUGAUGAAGACUCUGAGAGGACGAAGAGCGCCCACACGCAGAGACAUCUACUGUGAGAUGCUGGACCAGCCGCACACCUGUCCUCUGAGCCAGUACUCGGUGGAUCCUGUAGUCCACCAGAACCUGAGUGUUCUGGACCUGGUCCGGUCCCUGCUGUCCCUCUGCUGGUCCUCUCUGUCUCUGAGGUCUCUGCUGCCCCCUGCUGGUCGCAGUCUGAGCAGGUCUGAGAUCCGAUCAGGUCUGUCCUGGUCUUUCAGGACUCUGGUCUCUGACCCACAAAAGGGGGACAGUCUCAGGCCCCGCCCCCUGCUGCUGGUGGGCGUGUUGGAGCUGCCCCCCCACUCCUCAAAGUUCAGUCCGACUCUGCACCUCAGAGACGCUACAGGAAGUGUGGGCUGUGUCGUCACGGAAACCAGCCGGGAGGAGGGAGGAGGGGGGGAAACAGCCUGUUACAACACGGCCUGGAUAG